AUGCCCGUGCUGCGCAAGCUGAUUGUCGUCGCUGCGGUCGAUGGCCUAGUUCUACACGCGAAUGGCGGUCCACGGUUUAACGGCAGCAACAAUGAAGCCUCCUCCAUCCGCAUAGACUACAAAACGAACAAGAUCACUGCCCUGCCCACUUCGGCUCCGGAAGCCUUCGAGGGACGCGAUGUCUUGGAGUCAUACGGUCUAGUCGGCUUAUUGUCCGUUGCGUCAUACUCGUUCCUCGUCUCCGUCACCCAGCGCGAACAAGUCGCCCAGAUACAAGGCUAUCCAGUUUACUCCGUAACGAACGUCGCAAUUAUCCCCACAUCGUCCCAAGAAGACGCGACCCGCGCAAUCACACAAGCCCGAAAGGAAGUCUCACAGGGCGAUCCAGACCUCGACCCCUCAUCCGACGAAGAAGACGUCCCAGACAAUGUCACAGAUGGUGCAGCAACAGAGAUCGGCAGCGUGCCGACCUCACCUACCCGCGAGACCUUCCACUCGCGCGGAGUCAGCGUUAGCAGCAUAGCCGAAGAUGUCAUUGGUAAACGGCUCCGAUUUGGACGGUUCGCAGCGAACUGGCUAUCGCGCAAGAAUCUAGGCUUACCGAGGCCUGGAGCGCUGGAGCCGGAAGUGCUGGAGCCGCCGUUUGACGACACGCCUCGGAUGUCGACUGAAGGGUCUGAGGUUGGGGAUUCUAGUACUGAGGCGAUUGUGCCGCAGGAAUUUGGUUCCCAGAGUGAUUCUAACCAGCCAGGGGCUGGGCAAGCGGCUGAGUUGUUGCCAAAAUUGUUGAGGUAUACGAAGCUGCUUUUUGCGUCGCAUAAUUUCUUUUUUGCAUAUGAUUAUGAUCUUACGAGGUCGUAUCAUGCGCAGGGGCCGAGGAGUGGGCAUUUGCCACUUCAUAAGACUAUUGAUCCAUUGUAUUUCUGGAACAAGCAUCUUAUGACUGCAUUCAUAGAUAGCGAUGCUCAUGGAUUUGUCUUGCCCCUGCUGCAAGGGUUUGUUGGCCAGCGAAAGUUUACAGUCGCUGUUCCUGAGAAGAAGGUAUCGGACGGGAAUCCCAGAGAGGAAUCCGCUGAAGCUCGUAUCAUUGGCGAUAGCCAAGAUGCAGAGAGUGUUGAGACCGAAGCUCCUAAGCAGAACUUCCUUUUGACUUUGAUAUCGAGGCGUUCUGUCAAUCGGCCGGGUGUUCGGUACCUUCGUCGCGGUGUUGAUGAUGAGGGCAAUACUGCAAACACGGUGGAGACGGAGCAGAUACUUUCGGGCCCCGAUUGGGAUCCGUCGCAUAAUGUUCACUCCUAUCUGCAGGUGCGAGGGUCUAUUCCGCUUUACUUCUCACAGUCGCCGUAUGCCUUCAAGCCGAUCCCAGUGUUGCAUCAUUCUGCCGAGACCAAUCAGCUCGCUUUUGGGAGACACUUUCGAGAACUUAGUCGGAGGUAUGGCAAGAUACAGGCAGUGUCGUUGAUUGACAAACAUGCCGGAGAAUUGAAAGUGGGCGAGCAGUACGAGAGAUAUGCCGAUGUCUUUAACAAAGCCGGGGGCAUUGAUGGUUCGCCGCUGCGUCUAGAGUGGUUUGACUUCCACAAUGAGUGUCGCGGUAUGAAGUUCGAAAAUGUCAGCCGGUUGGUCGAUCGUGUGAAAGAAACCCUCGACGAGUUUGGUUACACUACCGUCAAAGAUGGUGCUGCCUUGCACAAACAAGUUGGUAUUGUGAGGACCAACUGCAUGGAUUGUCUCGACCGCACAGGUGUUGCACAGUGUGCCCUUGGCCAAUGGGCGCUCGAGCGCCAGCUGAAGGAGGAAGGAAUUCAAAUCGACUUUGGCGGAGAUUCUUCAACUCAAUGGUUUAAUACGCUCUGGGCAGACAAUGGAGAUGCGAUCUCAAAGCAAUACUCGUCGACUGCAGCUCUGAAGGGUGAUUACACUCGCACUCGCAAGCGGGAUUACCGAGGCGCCCUGAAUGAUUUUGGCCUGACGCUCUCUCGAUACUACAACAACAUUGUCAACGACUAUUUCUCCCAAGCCUGUAUCGACUACCUCCUUGGCAAUGUAUCAACGCACGUCUUCGACGAAUUUGCCAUGGAACUACAAACCACCGACCCAGGAAUUUCGGUGCAAAAGAUCCGCCAGAACGCAAUUGACACGAGCUGUAAAAUCGUAAUCAGCAGUCCCUCCGAAGAAUUUCUUGGCGGUUGGACUAUGCUGACACCACGACAACCGAACACUCUCCGCACACUCCCAUUCGAAGAAUCCGUUCUCUUGUUGACAGAUGCAGCGGUCUACAGCUGCCGCUUUGACUGGGAAACAGAUAAAGUGCUCUCAUUUGAACGCAUUGAUCUGCGCAGCAUCUCUCGCAUUCACUACGGCACAUACAUCACUUCCAUUCUGACAGACACUCAGGCCAAUGAGAGAAGUAAUGUUGGACUGGUCGUCGUAUACCGAGAUGGUGAUACAAAUGCUCUGCGCGUCAACACGCGCUCUCUGCAGACAAACGUGCGCCCCGCUGCUCUUGAGACCACAAGCAGUAACGGUGAAUGGGACCUUGUAUCCUGGCUCCGGGGCACUAAGCGAGCAACGACUCGCUUCGUUGCGUUCAAAUCGAUGCCUAUGUCUAAUCCCGUGCCUAGUCCUCGUCCUCGUCUUGGUCCCAACGCUGGCAUUGUUACCGUCAAAGAACUUGAUCGGGUGCGGGGGAUUUGCCAGGAAAUUGAACGCGCGAUGCUGGCCGGCGAUAGUCAGAAUGUUGAUUCGACGUCUGUGGUUGAGCAGUCGGAUAUCAUAUCCCUGGCCGAUGCCAAGAAACGGACUGGGAUUUUGGAGUAUCUCGUAUAUGAUAUCAAGAAGAUGGUGUGGGCUUGA